AUGGUCUCUCAAUCCACCCUCCUCCUCGCAGGGACCGCAAGUCUCGCUCUUGCAGCACCCAUCGAACGCCGCGGCAACCUCCCCACCCCAAUCUCAGCAGCAACAGCAAUCCAAUACUUGUCCUCCAUUCCCGUUGCCGCCGAGUCCAACUCUCCCGCCUACGACCGCGACCUCUUCAAACACUGGAUAACCAUCAGUGGCGCCUGCAACACCCGCGAAACAGUGCUCAAACGCGAUGGCAGUAAUGUCGUAACCUCUUCUGCAUGUGCCGCGACAUCAGGCUCUUGGUAUUCCGAUUACGAUGGCAAGACUUGGUCGGCGGCUGCGGAUGUGGAUAUUGAUCAUUUGGUCCCAUUGAAGGAGGCGUGGGUUUCUGGAGCCAAGGACUGGACUAAUGAGAGGAGGCAGCAGUUUGCUAAUGAUCUUACUCGUCCUCAGUUGUUGGCUGUUACCGAUAGUCUCAAUCAGGCCAAAGGUGAUCAGGAUUUGGCAGAGUGGUUGCCUCCAUUGGUGUCUUAUCAAUGCGAGUAUGUGCGUGCUUGGGUGCAGGUCAAGUCUUACUAUGGCUUGAGCAUGGACAGUGCAGAGAAGGCUGCAGCAAGCAAGGUGCUCACUGGCUGUUAG